AUGGCUGCUGCAGAAUCAGAUGACGAUUUCGAGACCUCUUCGAGCUUCUCAGGCUCAGAUACGGAGCGGCCCAACCGCUGGGAAGGUCCAUCGUCGACAUGGCAGGAUUUGAACCGCGAGGAAAUCAACACGCUGACGGCACUGAACGAAAUCAGAAAUCGCGAUCUUGCGGUUCACCUGUAUAAUGCAUUUGCACUGAAACAACGCCACCGAGUACCAGGUCCGGAUAGGGGGCCGUUACCAGACCAGGAUAUCAAUGCUACCACGGGCCAGAAGGUGCAGUCAGAUGACUGGCUCCCGCAACGCUCAUGGACGGCGUGGCCAAUGUGCCGGGAGAGGGUGCCGCCAGAUGAGUUCAUGCGCCGCGUAGAGAAUGACGAGGACGAGAGAUUCAACAUCGAGAAACCAAUCAGACUUGCGACUAGCGCAGCGCUAGAGGACGCUGUAGGUGCUGCGGUCCUUCGCUUCGCAAAGGAGAGGUUCGAAGCCCGGUUGCCAGAGGAUGCGGACAUCUUGGAUGAGCUGGAGUAUGACCUGGACGAAGAAGACGUCGACUUCAGUGACCCGCCGUCGCCGCCGAGCAUAGAUGGAGCGGUUUCAGAAACGUCAAGAUCUAGGUCUAGGUCAAAAUCACGGUCACGCAAAAGGUCAAUCAAGCCCAAGGAUGAGAACCGAAGCCUGGGGAAUGCAGACAUACCCAUGGACACCGACAGCGACGGGCCUGAGGUUGAUGUUCAAAGCCGCACGUCCCACGGUAAACCAGGAGAUAUUGUGCCCGUCGUGGCCACUGAUGAUCAGCUGUCCUACCAUCUUAUGCGACCUGCUGUCAGAAGCAUCCUCGAAAAGUUGGAUGCCACACUGAUGGUGCUACAUAACUCUCGAGACGCAGCAGUGGGCUAUCUUUCCGACUCUACGGACGAUUCAGACGCAUCCGAGACAGUAGAAACCCCAGGGCGGUCUCGAAGCAAGGAAUCAGCACCUCCCGUAAAGAAAAGGAGAGGGAGGCCCCCAAAAGCGAAUUUGGCAGUCAGACUGCGGACCCCGCCCCCUCCUGCGAGAGACAAUGUUUCCACGGGUGCUUCACGUCAAGAAUCUGGCCCGCCAGGUAACUCGGAGACAGCCUCCACCGUCCAGGAAACCACGGAGAAGAAGAAAAGAGGCCGGCCACGGAAAGUGUAUCCUCGCCUUGAGGGUGAAACUGACCAGGAAUGGCAUAUCAGAGUGGCAAAACUACGCAAAGAACGCACUCCGUUCUUCAAGGACGACUUGGACUCGGAUGGCCCCAAGAGCAGUAACUCAGAAGCCCAAGCAACAACGACAGGACAUAGAACGAAGCGCAGGACCGGAAAAUCUCGCGAAGCAUCCCCUGGUGACUCGGAGGAGAGACAGGCCGGGAGAAGGAGCAAUGCAUGGCGCCUCGGUCUUCGUGACUGGAAGGAUAUCCUGGGUGCCGCUGCGUUAGCUGGCUUUCCGCAGGCGGCUGUGGACAGGGCGGCGCGGAGGUGCGCAGACCUUUUUGGACAGAGCAUGGAGAUGCGUACAAUGAUGGAGGGGCCCGUCGCACAUGCAGGGCACGACAGGAUUGUGCAGUACCAUCCGGGGAUGAUACCGGAUAUAACGCCUGAUUCGGAGGGAGAGGAUGAUAGUAGCGACGAGAAACGCUCGCAAACCCAGCGUCAUAUUCGGUCUUCGAGUGUUGCGCCUGAGGAUUCGCGCGGCCGGUCGAGGAGCCGGUCCCAAUCGAGAGGCCGGACAAGGUCUCGCUCCGCCUCGGUGGCUUGCUCGCACUUCUGCCGCGUCAGGGGUUGUUCACGGGAGGCGGACGGCUUCUCACGAAAGUCCAACCUUCUCAGGCACAUGAAGCUCGUGCACAACAUGGAAGAUCAGGAUAUCGCUACCGAUGUCGACAGUGAAGACGAAAUGCACGGCGCCGUACAUGUCGAUGGGUUCUUGAAGCCGAUCAAGAUCAGGAGAGGCUGGAGGGGUGCUGAUGAAGUUCGUGCCGAUAGUUCGUCUAAGAGACGACCUACAGCACGUCACAGAAGGGCCCGAUCUGGUAGCGCAGUGGAUGCUGGUGAUGGUGGGGGUAGUGAUGUUGUGAUGGCGGACGACUAA